AUGGAGAAGUCACUGGCCGUGGCCCACGCGGAAGAUCUUCCCAUUGAGCCCAAUGAGAAGCUCGCCAUCAAUGAGGUUGCUGACAAGGCCAAGCAGGGUGCCGAGGCCGAGCACAACCUGCAUCCGCUCAAGGCUCUGCGCCUCUAUCCCAAGGCCAUCUUCUGGUGCCUGGUUGUGUCUGCCUGUGUCAUUAUGGAGGGCUAUGAUACAAACCUCUUGAGCAACUUUUACGCCUACCCCGAAUUCGCCAAGAAAUACGGCCACUUUAACGACGCAACCAACAAUUAUCAGCUCUCAGCCCCUUGGCAGGCUGGUUUGGGCAAUGCGUCCAACGUCGGAUCCUUUUUCGGUACACUUCUCAAUGGCUAUCUCGUUCUCAGAUUUGGUCACGUCCGCGUUAUUCUGGGCUCUUUGGCUACUAUGAGCGCUUUCGUCUUUAUCGUCUUCUUUGCGCCAAACACAAAAGUCCUGCUUGUCGGCGAAUUGUUGUGUGGCCUGCCGUGGGGCAUCUUUGCCACAACCGCGCCAGCAUAUGCUUCCGAAGUCCUACCAAUGACCUUGCGUGUGUACUUGACCAGUUGGACUAACAUGUGCUUCAUCAUUGGUCAGCUCAUCUCUGCCGGUAUCUUCGCUGGCCUCGUCAAUAAUACGACAGAGUGGUCUUAUCGAAUUCCUUUUGCCGUCCAGUGGGUUUGGCCCGUGAUUUUGUUCCCGAUUAUCUGGUUUGCACCUGAUACCCCUUGGCAUCUCGUUCGUCAGGGCCGCCACGAGGAGGCAAAGGAGUCGUUGAGAAAGCUCCGCUCAAAUCCCUCCGAGGAAGAGCUCCAGGAGAGUCUCAACUUGAUCAUCUAUACCAACAACCUGGAAGAACAGCUUUCCGUCGGUACAUCGUACUGGGAUUGCUUCAAGGGCUUUGAGCUUCGCCGAACCGAGAUUGCCUGCAUGGUGUUUGCCGGUCAGGUCCUUUCCGGUAUCAACUUUGCCUACAACUCAACCUACUUUUUCCAGCAGGUUGGUCUCACCACAGAACAGACCUAUCACCUCGGUGUCGGUGGAAACGGCAUGGCUCUGUUUGGCACCAUCGUGUCUUGGGUCCUGAUUAUGCCUUACUUCGGACGUCGUACGACAUAUGUUGUUGGCAUGGGCGUCAUGUCGGCUAUCCUCAUCAUCAUUGGCGGUCUCAACGCUCGAACAAGCAACCACCACGUCGGCUUGGCCCAGGCCAUCUUGACAUUGGUGUGGACCUUUGUCUUCCAGCUAUCGGCCGGUCAGCUCGGUUGGGCUCUUCCGGCAGAGCUUGGCUCGACGCGCCUUCGUCAAAAGACCGUCUGCCUGGCUCGUAAUGCGUAUGCUGUGACUAGCAUUGUCGCCGGUGUCUUGCAGCCAUAUUUCAUGAACCCGACUCAGUGGAACCUCAAGGGCUACACUGGCUUCGUCUGGGGCGGCACUGCAUUCGUCACCUUUGUUUGGGCUUAUUUCCGGUUGCCAGAGUCCAAGGACCGGACAUAUGAAGAGCUGGACAUUUUGUUUGCCCGCAACGUUCCAGCAAGGAAGUUUGCCAGCUACAAGAUCGAUGCCUUCCAGAAUGAUGCUCUGCCAUAG